GUGUUGAAUUCGCUGCAGAACUUUACGAUUUUUUGAUCGAGGAUCUUUUCCCCAAAGUUCUACGAAAUGAAAUUACUGUGACAAUUAUUCAGAGCCAAGAUCACAUUUUAAAUACUUAUGACGCGAAAAUUAGUGUUUUUGCUGAGAAAAAAUUUAGGCGUGAUAAUAUUAACGUUAUUACCAAUGCUCGAGUCUCCAAAGUAAACCAGGAUUCUAUUGUAUACAAAGAUAAGUUGACUGGACAAGAAAAAGAACAACCCUAUGGAUUAGUAUUAUGGUCAACCGGCAUUGCGAUGAAUCCGUUAACAAGAACUAUCUCGGAGAGGCUUCCAGAACAGAAAAAUACUCGCGCGCUUAUUACCGAUAGUAGAUUGCGUUUAAAAGGCGUCAAAGAUUCGUCAGUCUAUGCAAUUGGCGAUUGUUCAACAGUCGAGAAUCCAAAUCUAGUAAAGCAGUUGAUGCAAUUUUUUAUUGAUGCUGAUCAGGAUAAGAAUGGAUCUUUAGAUUACGGAGAAUUUAGUCAGUUGGCUAGAAAGAUUUCUGCACAAUAUCCGAUUACGACUGGUCAUUUGAAAAAAGUCUCCGAUCUUUUUAAGAAAUAUGAUAAAGACAAAAGCGAUACUCUUGAUUUAGAAGAGCUGCGAGAGAUGUUUCAAGACAUUGACAAAAAAUUAACUUCACUACCUGCGACUGCACAAGUAGCACAUCAACAAGGAAAGUAUCUUGGCAAAAAAUUAAAUGAAUUGGCGGAUAAGACAAAGAUUUCUCUAUCAGAAAAAGUUAUUGCAGGAGAUGAUAAUUCACAAGAUUUGGACGAUAAAUUGCCAGCUUUCAGGUACGCACAUUUAGGGUCACUCGCUUAUAUUGGUAACGCGGCAGUGGCAGACUUUGGUACUGGGUGGACUUGGAUGGGCGGUUUAUCCGCUGUUUAUUUGUGGCGAAGUAUUUACUUUAGUGAGCAAGUCUCGUUUCGUACUCGAGCUCUACUCGCUUUGGAUUGGACCAAACGAUCUGUUUUCGGAAGAGAUAUUUCAAAGUAUUGA